UAUUAGCUAAUAGCCAAGGACGGAGGAGAUACUUUGAUUUGCGAGUCGGUGUUGAACCAUUCUGAGAUUUCGCAGUCGAAUUGAUCAGUCUGUGGCUAGAGAGAUUGUGUUAGUCUUCUUCGUUGUACUCAACAUCUGAGGUUUCUAGAGUUGCUGGAGUAGAUGGCGAUUUUAUAUGCGCUGGUGGCUCGUGGAUCGGUGGUGUUGUCUGAGUUUAGCGCUACUUCCACCAACGCGAGCUCAAUCGCCAAGCAGAUUUUGGAGAAGCUGCCUGGCGAAGAUGUGGAUAGCCACGUGUCCUACUCUCAGGAUCGGUACGUCUUCCACGUCAAGCGUACCGAUGGUCUCACCGUUCUCUGUAUGGCCGAUGAAGCCGCCGGAAGGAGUGUUCCGUUUGCGUUUCUGGAAGAGAUUCAUCAGAGGUUUGUGAGAACAUACGGCCGUGCGAUCCACUCUGCUCAAGCUUACUCCAUGAACGAUGCGUUUUCAAGGGUUUUGAGUCAGCAGAUGGAAUACUAUUCCAACGAUCCUAACGCUGACAGGGUUAGCAGAAUCAAAGGUGAAAUGACUCAGGUUAGGAACGUGAUGAUUGAGAAUAUCGAUAAAGUCUUGGAUAGAGGGGAGCGUCUGGAGUUGCUGGUGGAUAAAACCGCAAACAUGCAAGGGAACACUUUUCGCUUCAGGAAGCAAGCUCGCCGUUUCAGAAGCGUCAUGUGGUGGAGAAAUGUCAAGCUUACGAUUGCACUGAUACUUGUACUCGCAGUGGUUGUAUACAUCGCCAUGGCCUUUGUUUGCCACGGGCCAAGUCUUCCUUCUUGUUUCAAGUAAGAAUACAUUCUCUUCUCACCUUUCCCUUCUUGGGAAUUCAUCAGGCUCUGCUUUGGUUUUGUAAUCUGUGAUAAUGCAUUUUGUAAAAUGUGUGUGUUUUUGUGCUUUUUCAUGUAUCUGUUAUGUGCUUUGAUGUAGAGAAUCGAUCGUUAUUUUAAAAUGUUAUUUUUCACUGUGAA